AAUUAAUUAUAAUGAUAAACUACUGUAUAUCCCAAUUUUCUGAUCUGUUGUGUUAGAGCGAACGCAUUGUGAAAAAGGGGAAAUAACUCACACAAGACUGGUGUCUUGAUAAGCAAAAUAAUUCUAUCAGGCAGUACAUCAUAUCCUUGUAAGUGUGGUUCCUCAUUUCAGUCACUGAGCAGAAUCAUCCUGGAUCUGUGAGGAAGCCUGUGAGUCUGAGGAGCCAAAAUGAAGCUUUUCUACUUCUUCCUUUUCUGUUUCACAAAUGGUAUAACUCCUACAAAAGGACAACUACAUCUGGAGUUGUCUGGAGAAAUGCUUCUAAGAUUUGUGUUUCUUCCAAACUAUAAUUCCUAUGACAAAUCCUGUUGUAAGUUUACUAUCUAUGGGUGCAUAAUUUUUGUGAUUAGCAAUGGAUAUGUUCAUAAUGCUUACAAAGGAAGAAUAGAAACCUAUACAUACUCUGGAACAUUUGAUGUACGAAUCUGGAAUGUGCGCUCAAUGGAUGCUGGGCGAUACAGAUGUGAAAUCCUUGGGACACAAAAAUACCAGGAUUUUCAAGUUGUUAUAGCUGACAGUGAGACUGAACUGAACCCAAUACUAGCCUUUCUAAAAUCCACCAUCUCGCCAGUCAGCUCAGCACAGCACCUCUUAGAGAAACACCAAGAGAUAUCUAGCAAUAAAUGGACCUUGAAAGUCACACUGGGAACCAUUUUUGGCAUCGUGGCAAUCAUUCUCAUCAUGUCCAUCACACUGACCGUGGUCUACUUUAAAAAGAAGUCAAGAGAUCAGUGUGGUAGAAGCUUCCCUAGUGCACCCAACGUCACGCAACAGCUACCUCAGGAGCUCAUCUACACCACAGUGGAUUUCAAGCUCCAUCAAAAAACAUCCACCAUAUAUGCCAACCUGGACAUCCACAACUCAAGACCUGAUUCAGGCAAUACACUGAAAACACAGGACAGCGUAGAGUACGCUACAAUAGCAGGAGUUUUAUGAUCAGUGAAAAACAUAAUCAUGAUAUGUGACUGUUUUUAUUAGAGUGGUUGAUUAGAUAUUUUUUGCCACUAAAAUUUUACAAUAUUUAAUGAACUUGUCUAAUACAGUGGGGUCCAAAGGUCUGAGACCACAAGUGCUACUAUUUUGCAUUCUUUUCUAAUUUAAUACAACAAUUUCCAUUAAUAAUUAUAUCAUUGACAACAACUUGAGUGAAAAGUAGAGUCUUUGAAAUAUGAAUUUUCAGAGUUUCUUAAUAUUUGGUACAUCCCCUUUUCGUAUUAACAACAGUGUGCACUCAAACUGGCUGGACGCCACAAGUUUAUGCAAAACCUUAUGAUCCAUUUUAGAUCAAAUUCAUUGGUGUGUUGUCUGAAUACAUGCUUCAAUAGAAGAGAUUAGUAAUGAGGAAAAUCUAAACUUCUGCACAGAGCAGUUAACAUGGUCAAUAUCACAAAUUUGCUUACUUUUAAAUAAGGACCUGGAAAUAGUGUACAGUCUUGAAUAUUAAAUAUUCAAGAUGUUGAGCAUUUGCCUUUUGUUUGUUGAGCAUUUGUUUUAAAUAUUAAUUCUAAAUCCUUCUGUUUAUUUCCAAUUUUAUAUGGAAAUAAGUGUUAAAAUAUUGGUAUAUCAGACUUUUUUCUUUACAGCAAAGUAUAAAACACAUGAUACUGUGUCAUGCUGACUCCAUCUGAUGGAACAAAUAGGAAAAAAUUCCAUGACUGAUUGCUCUCAACAUUGAUGCACUUCAACAUAGUAUUUGCAAUUCAAAUAGUUAAUCACAGAGGAAUAAUGCACUAUAGUGUGGUUAAGAAGAUAAUAUUAGACCCAGUAGUAGCUCUGAGCACACAGGUUGUCAGCUCAUAUUAGUGUAAACAUACUACAACAUACACACCUGAAAUAAACUCUAAACUAAUUUAAGCAAGCCUGAGACUAUUGAGUGGUAAGUUACAUAUGUGACCAUGGGUAUACAAAUAAGUGGACAACUGCCAGCGCCUUUUUUGUUUUGUUUCCUGCAAAUUCCUAAUAUAAUAUACAUUUUGACCUCAAAAUAUACAUCUUAUUUUACCCAAUUCACCUCUUAUAAUCCGUAUGCGCAAAUGGAUCUAGUAUCAUCAAUUUACCUGUAAUGUCUUUACAGUGAUAAAGCAGUAACACAAACAG